UAUAUACCUUGUUCGUCUUUGCAAGAAUAACGUAUUGUCAUUAGUAUUAUGUCCCCUCUUUAUUUCUGCGGAUGACCUCUUGUGUUACACAAACUGCUUGUACGCAGAGAUAAAUGUAUACGUACUGGCCCAUGUCACAUUUAGUUACGUUACGAAUCAAACAACUGUCGGUUCAUAGUUUUCAAAGAAACAUAGAAUCCUUAUUUUUGAAAAAUAAUUUAUUUUUUUUAUUCUGUGUGUUUUAUUUAAAUUAAAAAUAUUUAAAUUAUUAUACGGCUGUUUUUGUUUAAAUUUUAUUUUAUUUAGCUAUUUUAUUUUUGAAAUUUAUCAACAAGUUCUGGGCCGAGAUGGAGGUACUUUAUCGGCCAGUACUUGUAGUUGUUAUUGGUCAAAGUGCAUGGAGAUGCAUUUUUAGUUUUUUAUUUUUAUCAUUAUUUACAAUUGCCAAGUGUCAAUUGGAUUUACCACCUUUAAAUAAUGACAGAUAUGAUGGAUACAAUAGAAAUUAUGGUGGUAGACAGCAUGAUCUUGAUUAUCGUAAUGUUUUAGCGAAAUUAGAUUUUUUGGGAACUGAAAAAUGUAGUGCAAAUGUGGCUGCUCAAUGGGCUUAUGAGACAAAUGUCAAUGAAGUGACUCAACUUCAAGCUUUGGAAGCACAACAGCAUUAUGCUAAUUUUCAAAAUCAAGCGUAUCAUUUAAUUUCAAAGUUGGAUCAAUACAAUCAGCGUGAACCACAAUUAAGAAGAAGACUUAAAUAUUUAUCAACUGUUGGUCCAGCUGCUCUACAGCCAGAUCAAUUAGACAGGUAUAACCGAGUCAUAAAUGACAUGCUUGCUAUUUAUAAUUCAGCAACAAUUUGUGCUCACAAUGAUCCAUUUAGAUGUGGACUACGUCUUUAUCCAGAUAUAUCACGGAUAAUGGCUAAAAGCCGUGAUUGGGAUGAAUUACAGUGGGUUUGGGUUGAAUGGCGUCGUCGAAGUGGCUCACAAAUUCGUGAAUUAUAUGGUCAAUUAAUUCACCUGAAUAACGACGUUGCGGAACAAAACAAUUUUACUGAUGCUGCUGAGUACUGGAUGUUUCCAUAUGAAACACCAAAAUUUGAUCAAGAAGUUGAUGAAGUAUGGGAAACAAUACGUCCACUUUAUGAAGAACUCCAUGCGUAUAUUAGAAAACGAUUGAGGGAUAUUUAUGGACCAGAAAAAAUUGGUGGACAUACACCACUGCCUGCUCAUAUACUUGGCAAUGUGUGGGCACAAUCAUGGACAAAUCUUUUGGACAUAACAACACCAUAUCCUGGAAAAUAUUACAUGGACGUUACAGAAGAAAUGCAAGCCCAGGGAUACACACCAAUAGACAUGUUUCGUGUAGCUGAAGAAUUUUAUUUGUCAUUAAAUCUAAGUGCAAUGCCACCAGAAUUUUGGGCUGGAAGUAUCAUUGGUGAACCUGGUGAUAGACCAUUUAUUUGUCAAGCUUCUGCUUGGGAUUUUUGCAAUCGUGUUGACUACAGAAUUAAAAUGUGUACCAAAGUUACAAUGAAAGAUUUAAUAACAGUUCAUCAUGAAAUGGCACAUAUACAAUAUUUUUUAAAAUACAGUGGACAACCACGUGAAUUUAGAGAUGGUGCUAAUCCAGGUUUUCAUGAAGCUGUUGGAGAAGCAAUUGCACUGAGUGUUGGUACACCAAAACAUUUACAAAAACUUGGUUUAGCAAAUAAAUAUAUUGAUGAACCACAAGCUGAUAUGAAUUAUUUAUUUUCAUUGGCUAUGGAAAAAUUAGUAUUAUUACCAUUUAGUAUUGCUGUUGAUAAAUGGAGAUGGGAUGUAUUUAGAGGUGUUGUUAAUCGUGAAGAAUAUAAUUGUCAUUGGCACAGAUUAAUGGAACAAUAUGCUGGUACAAAACCUCCAGUAUUACGUUCAGAAGAUGAUUUUGAUCCAGGUGCUAAAUAUCACAUACCUGCUAACGUUCCAUACAUUCGAAAUUUUGUUGCUGGUGUAUUGCAAUUCCAGUUGUAUCGAGGUCUGUGUCAAGUAGCAGGACAACGUUCUCCAAAUGAUCCACGACGUCCUCUUCAUCGUUGUGAUUUUUAUAAAAGUCCAGAGGCUGGUAAUUUACUUGGAAAAAUGAUGGAAAAAGGAUCAUCACAACCAUGGCAAGAGACACUUGAAGAAGCCAUUGGUGAAUUUAGAUUAGAUGGAAGUGCAAUGAGAGAAUUUUUCCGACCACUUGAAGAAUGGCUGAGAUCUGAAAAUUUAAGAACUGGUGAAAUUGUUGGAUGGUCAUAUGAUGGUGACUAUUGCAAACGAAGUAUUGAAACUGCUGGAUUACAAGUUUUUGGUAAUGGCUGGUAUAAUUCAGCAUUAUCAAUAAAAUCAUCAACAAUUUUAAUUGGUGUUUUUAUUAUUGUCAAUGGAUUUUUUUAUUUUUAAAUUAUAAUAUUAAUUGUCUAUCUUAGUUUAUAGAUCGUUGAUGAUAUUGAUAAUGAAUGUGAAAUUUAUAAAUUUUCAUUGGUUGAAUGAACAAAAAAUUUAAUUAUACUUGAUAUAGUAAAUUUGUAUUAUUUUCUCCGGUGAAAACUUUAGAUUAGAAUUAUAUUUAUAGAAUAAUUUUAGAAUAAAGUUUAAAUAAAAAAAUUAAAAUAAUUACAUGAAAUUUUUCUAUCUGUAAUUUUUUUUUUAUCUGAUUAAUUAAUUUACAAAUAAAAAACGGAAAUUUAUAUUUGAAUUUUAUUUGAAUUUAUUUUAAAAAUUCUACAAUCUGCUUAAUAAGGAGUUGUCUUUUUUUUUUUUAUUUUUUAUUUUCGCCUCGGCGUAUUGCCUAAUUUUGCUGAAAAUAAAUACAUCAAAUUGCGUAAAAAAAUUUUUUAUUUAAUUUCAAGAUAUCCAGUCAUCUUGAGAUUUAAAAAACACAUGUUUCGACCAAUUCGCUACGUGUUUUUUUAAAAAUAAAGUAGGAUAAUGCGUAAAAUGCAUGUUUAUUUUUUUUGGUUGAUGACAUGCAUAACGACGAUAACACUUUUCUUUUCAUCACCGAAAACUUGUUUGUUAACUUGCGCAAUCAAGGAAGACCGGUAAUAUUUAUCUUGGCAUUAAUCAUGUAAGUGUAUAUAUAUUAUUUGAGACAUAAUGAUUUUUGAAAAAUUUAAAUCACGAAACAAUGACAUGUUUCUAAUGCACAGUUUCAUAUUUCACUUUCACUAUUGAUGGACUUUGUAUGACGUUAAAUGUAGACAAGUGUGUUUUAAAAACAAAAAGUAAUGUGGCUACAAGGAAAACCGAUACAUAUCGAUUUGGAAAAAAAAAAAUAGAAAAAUUGUAACAUAAAACGGUGCUAACAUGACAAUAAAUUUUCUUGUUUAAAUAAUUCAAGUACAAAUAAAUAUUAAUGAUAAAAAUAUAAUAACAAAUGGAUAUAAAAGUACAGCUUUAUUUUCAUUGUGAAAAAAAUUAUUGGCUAUAAAAUUUAAAAUGAAAACAAAAAUAUAUUUUAAAUAAAAUAGGUCAUUGCAAAAUUUUUAAAAAAAUAUAUUUAAAAUUAAUUUAAAGCUAGAUUAUAACUCGUUAUCUUUGAUUUUAUGUAUCAUAUUUUGCAAUAAUUAUUCGCAUUUUACGGUAAAAAUUUUAAUGAUUACACAUCGUUGAAAUAAUUUUUUUUUUUAAAUAAAUGAGAUAUUCGGCAUCAUUUCAUAUACAUGUAAAUUACGGAAUAGCUACUGUGUCAAUUAUAUCUCAAGCAUCAAUAAAACAUCGUAUUUAUAUAUUUAAAAUAAUUUUUUUUUUAUUAAAAAUAUAAAAUUUAAUUUAAAGCAUAAACAGUUGCAUCAUUUAAUGAAUGACCAUUGACUAAAUUAUUCAAUUUCAAGACUGUAAAAUUUAUUGAAUUAUAAUCUCCAUAUUAAAAAAAAAUAAAACCAAAACAGCUCAUUCUUUUUUUAUUUUUUGUAAUAAAAAAAAAAUAAUACAUUGUUGCAAUUAUGAUAAUUAUGUAUUUUAAUCCUAUUGUUAAAUAAAAUAAUUUAUAGUUAAUAAAAAAAAUGUAAUCAAUCAGUUUAUAAAGAUUGACGUGUAAUUAAAAUGCUGUAAAAAAAAAAAAUAAAUGAAUAUGUAUAAUUAAUAAAUAAUGAUUAUAAAUUUAUUCAUGAUUACUGAAAUUAAAUUUUGAAAUGUUAUUUGUCUCUGGACAAAUGAAAUUUGAUAUAUGAAACAUGAAACGAUAAUAUUUUCUAUGUGAUUAAAAACCGUCAUUGAUAAUUUUUAUAAAAAUAAAUAAUCAAUAAAUAAAAAGUAUAUUAAUUUUUAAAUAAUCCAUGUUUGUAAAGAUAAAAAAUUGAUUGGCUAAAUUAAUUGGAAUUUGUUCAAAUGUUUAUCAUCGAUAUCAAAUAGAAAUUCACACGGAUGGAUCACUCAAAAGACGAAUGAAUAUUAAAUAAAAAUUAUUUUAUUUUAUAACAAGAAUUUUUAAUUAAAAAAAAAAUAUAGUAUGAACAAUUAGCUAUUAAAUCAUUAGCUUAACUCAUGGACCUGAUAAUGAAGAGACAUGAAGCAAAAAAAAAAAUAAAGAUGUUAAAUUGAAUCGUGAGACAUCAUUUGCCCAGCUGUGUCUAAUUAUCUAUGAUCCUAUUUUAAAAACACAUGUUCAAAUAUGUCAACUAACUUUACAAUAUAUGAGAAAAAUUGUCGUCAAGAUUUAUUCCCUAUUGUAUUAAAAAAAACUCAAUUAUUAAAGUGCAAAAAAAAAUUAACCAAACAGUUUUUCGUCAUCAGUUUAGAAAUUAUGUCGGACAGAAUUUUAUUUUUUUUCUUUGCAAGGUCAGGCAGUAAAUAAUCAGUGUAUGAAGAAAAAAAAACUUGAUGAAAUUGGCCUUUCAGAAUUUUGCGAUUGCGAUUGAAAGCAAAAUUGAUCGAUUAAACGAUUAAAAAAAAAAAAAAUUAUAUUAUAAUACAUUGUAAAAUUAUGCUGUUUAAUGAGUAAUGACUGCGAGAUAGAUGCGAAUAAAUUGUUUUGUGUGUAUAUACGAGUAAUCAUUUGUAGAAAAUUCAAUUAUCUUGAUGAUUUUUAUACAUCAUUUUUUUACUGAUGAAACAAAUGAUUUUGUAUAUCAGUUUUUUUUUUAUUUAACAUAGAACAUGAGACUCACAAUAACGAUGUUUAAAUAUGUCGAAAUAAAAUACACAGUAGAAAAACAAUAACUUGACAUUUGCUUGAUUAAAAAAAAAAAAAUAAAUAUUAACAAAAGAAUAAAAUGUUAAAAAGAAUUAAACAUAAUUUACUAAAAGCUAUUUUUUCAUAAAUUUAUAAUAAUAUUUAAUAAUCUAAAUACGCAAUCAAAUCAUGAAGUUUAUAUUUUAUUUAUUAUAUUUAUAUUCAUUUCUUUUUCUUUUUAUAAAUUACAAUUUGCAAAUUUAUUGUCAAUUAACAAUUGUCGUACCAGGAACCGACAAAGUAAUAUAUAAAAAAAACCCUUUAAAUUGUUCAACGAAUAAGAUGAAUGAACGUCAUCCCAUAAAAUAAGAGGGGAAAAAAUGAAAUUAAAAAAAAAACGAGUCAAGAUAGAUCAAAGUUCAUUGUGCCACAAGUGCAUACGGGUGACACCCGUUGUUUUCAAUUGGACCCUUCGGCUAAGAUCGCUAUUAAAAAAGAAAUAGAAAAAAAAAUAAACGACGAGUUGUUAGAGACUCAACAAUGAUCA